CCGCCCAUGUGGGUGUGGCCUGUGCACUGUGAUCAGGGAGGUGAGCCACAGUGGCUCAGUCUGUGACAGUCUGGCAGGAGGAGAGCAGUGCAAUAGGAGGGCUGUGAUCUAUGCAGUGCAAUAGGAGGGCUGUGAUCUAUGCAGUGCAAUAAGUGGGCUGUGAUCUAUGGAGUGCAAUAGGAGAGCAGAGCUCUGAUCAAUGCUGAGCAGGAGGGAUGCUCUUCUCUGAUCAGGACUUCAAGGAGAAGUUCUGAGCUCUACUCUGGAUUUUGGACUGGAAGGGGUAUUUCUGUAAAGAGUUCUGGGCUGGCAGGAGUAGUUCUGUAGAGAGUGUUGGACUGGCAGGAGUAUGUACUGCAGAGUGAUGUCCAUUCAGUCCCAGUGAUGGGAGAGCCAGGCAGGGGUCUCCUGGAUAACUGGGCAAUGCCCCCACCUGCAGCCUGUGCCUCUUCCCAUCCCACCAGGAUUACUGCUUAGUCUACUGGAUCUGCUGCAACCAUGCUAAGGAGGGUCCUGCUGAGUGUGUUUAUGGUGGUCGUGCUGGGCAGGGGAACCGCACUGCAAUAUUCCAGUGACAUGUGCAAUUGGAAAGGAAGGUAAGCUGGCACUGCCAACCAGACUGCUCAUUAUUAUACAAAUCACGCUGAUACAUAGUUUAGUACUGCACACAGAACUAGACCACAGAGCAUGCAAUCUAGUCUGUGUUUAACAGAUAUGCACUUUCCAUGUAUGACCUGCUUAGCUGGAUAAACUCGACCUCCCAUGUAUACUGUAUUUCAUGUCUAUUCUGUGACAGAUUUUAAUGCAAGAGUAGCCUUCGCAUAUAGUGCCCGCCUAUUCCGUUGCGCUGUACAAGCCAGGACAGUCAGUGCCGAGAAUACAGAGUAACACUGGGGGGCUUUUUCAAUGGGACAGAAACCUAAUCCUAGCACUGUCACAGGGACUCCGAUCUUAUAAUCAGAGUACUGAGUCUGAAUCUGUGAGGAAAGGGGUUAAAUAAUAUACAUUUAUAUAUAUAUAUUUUAUUUAUUUAUAUUUUGUUUUUCUUCCUGUAAAUGAUGAUGCAAAGUGAUUAAAGAUCCAAUCAAUGCUGAAUUUCUGGUUCCUGUGGAGUCUGAGUGAUACUUAGUAUACAUUGUUAUGUUCUGGUUCCUGUGGAGUCUGAGUGAUACUUAGUAUACAUUGUUAUGUUCUGGUUCCUGUGGAGUCUGAGUGAUACUUAGUAUACAUUGUUAUGUUCUGGUUCCUGUGGAGUCUGAGUGAUACUUAGUAUACAUUGUUAUGUUCUGGUUCCUGUGGAGUCUGAGUGAUACUUAGUAUACAUUGUUAUGUUCUGGUUCCUGUGGAGUCUGAGUGAUACUUAGUAUACAUUGUUAUGUUCUGGUUCCUGUGGAGUCUGAGUGAUACUUAGUAUACAUUGUUAUGUAGAAUGUUUGGUCACUGAUACCAGAUCCAGGGUUAGAGAGUGCUGGGUCUGCUGCCCACUCUGGCCAUCACAAUGCAUUGAUUUUAUCAACACACAAGAUUUUGCUAAUCCUUAACCCAUUUUUUCAUGCAGCUGUGGAUUUUAGGGAUUGAUUCUCUGAACCGGGGACAGUGGGGAAUUUGCAGUUUGGAAGCAUCCUACCAGUCAGAGUUUAUUGUUGUAGGGAAUACACAGACAGUUUUCUUGGGUACAGGAGGAGACCUUACUACCUGCAGCUGAUUAAGGGCAAAGGCUCGUAUUGUUUACUGCAGCUCAAAGUUCAGAUGAUUUUUUUUUUCUUUGCAAACAGCUGAUGAGCAUCAGAUGUUUUCUUGUGAGAUCAUAAACUUUAAGAGCCAGUUAACAUUCCACUAUUAACAUUUCUCAAAAUCUAGUUCUAAGAAAUCCUCCUGGGGUGAAGCAGGGUUGUUGUCAAACACUGGGAUCUUUGCAGAGCUUUAGCAAGGAUCACUGUAGGAACCACUGAAGUUCAGAGCCUGCCAAAUCCUGACAGUUCUAGAACCCCCAGGCCCAUCAAUGUCAGCCAGCCCUCUGCUCCAGAAUAAGACAGGGUGUCAUAGACUUGUUUCUGCCAAAGCCCUGCAGACACUUUCCUCAUUUCUCUUAAAAAUGCCAAGAAUUUUGAUCCUUGCAUUGGGUGGUAAGAAUGUGCUGUCUCUCUCUCCUGGAGGGUAUGUUCUGGCACAGGGCUUAACAGCUUCUACUUUCAGUCUGAUCCAUUAGAAUACCUUAUCACAAGUGACUUUCAGUGUGAUCAUAUUUGGUAAGGUAGUAUAUGGCAUUUGGAUUGGGCUCUGUACAGGACACCAUAGUAUCUGUGCCAGUCAGUGCCCCUUUCCUAUAGACCAAUAGAAUACUCAGAUGAUACUAUGUCUCUCCAGUUUUCACCCAGAUGGGAAGUUCUGUGGACCAUCCUAACCCAUUAGUACAUUUAAUACCAGCCAACUGUUACCUCUUCACAGGUAUUGAAGUAUUGGAUAUUGCACAAAGUAUUGGCUAUAGUAUAUCGAUACAUGUGUGAAUAACUCAAGAGCCAGCGAGCUGAAUAACUGGAUGACAAGUCACUUUCCGAAUGACUAGUCGAUGUACAGUGUAUGCCCCAUAGUAGUUUCACAACGCCCUCUUAUUUUGGGAAGAGUUUAACCCUUUGAUUGCCAUCUGUUAAUUGCCUGGGAGGAAACGCAGUAUUUUAUUUGAAUUGUUACAGGCAUUAGGGCACAGUCUUUGUUCUUACUAUUAAUGCCCUAUUUGGCAUUCCAAGGGUUAAUGCCAAGAUGCCUAUUUAGAUUUCAGCCUACGUCCCAUGUAAUAGCUGCUGCUGUAAGGUUGGUAGGGUGAAUGUGUGAUUAACCCUUGUGUGGUGGCUUAUGGAUUACACUGAAUGGGAAUUUUACAGCAGUAUAAUGUGUUUAAUGUAGGCCACUUUCCCCCAGUGUCUACAGACACAGCCAGCCUUUUUUCAUUAAAGACAUUCUUUUUUCCACUAAAGACAUUCUUGUGGGGCCUUGGAAUAGCAUUACUAACCUUUCUUUUUUACCAUCUCCUCAUUAUUGCAAAGAAAGAGAAUCUUUAUUGGAUUAGUGUUCUUGUGAAAUCUUAAGUCUGCUUCCACUCUGAAUACUUCUGUACUUUUACAGAUCUCUUGAAUUCCUUAUUUUGCUGGCGCCUCUUGGCAAAGGUCAAACUCUCCUUUCUACCCUCUGAUCAGGGAAAUUAUAGUUUUAUAGAUGGUUUGUUGGCAUUCUGCUUGUGAUAAGUUGUUAUUCUCUUUGCUAAUCGUCCGUGUGUUUGCUAAUCCUUUCUUCUAUGGUCUCUUCCAGUGGUCUGACCCAUGAGUCACACAAGAAGGACGUUGAGCAAGUCUACCUCCGAUGUUCCGAAGGCUCCGUAGAAUGGCUUUACCCAACUGGAGCCCUCAUCAUCAACUUGAGGCCCAACACUCUCACGUCAGCCCACAAGCAUUUGACUGUUUGCAUUAAGCCCCUGAAGGACUCCAAAGGAGCAAAUAUUUAUUUGGAAAAAACUGGAGAACUCAAACUUUUAAUUAAAGAUGAAGAUAGUAACCCUAACAGGGUGCACUGCUUUGGCAUUGGCCAAGGAGGAUUGUUUAUUGAGGCUACGCCCCAGCAAGACAUUAGUCGUAAAAUUACUGGAUUCCAGUAUGAACUCAUAAGCCAGAGGACACUUUCGGAUUUGCAUACAGUUUCUGGUAAGGAUUUAAUCAAGGAAACGUUCCCUAUAAUGUUUGUGUUCUCCUACAACUUCAGUGGCUGCCUUACAAACUGAUUGUAGAAAAUAUACUUUUUACAUACUGCAAUAGGUAGUGUGACAGGUAGGUGGCGCUAUGGAAGCAAAUAUGAGUUUUAAUGCAUAUCUAUAAUAGUGCAGACUAACUUGUGGCACUACUAUAAUUCAGAGAUGUCGGGAUGGUCAAAUGGCAGAUGUCACCCAUUACCGACUUGCAUCAAGAGCAGAUGUGUUGGGUUUCUAAAGACCGCUUUAGUGAUUCAGGAGUAUAUGUAACUUCUAGCAACAAUGAUUAAGGGGGAAUUCUCGAUUACUGAGAAGUUAUCAUUUCUGAAAACUGUUAAAACUGAUGAUAUGAUCACAAUCUCGAUGCUGCCAAAGUUAUUUAACCCCUUAAGGACCAAACUUCUGGAAUAAAAGGGAAUCAUGACAUGUCACACAUGUCAUGUGUCCUUAAUGGGUUAUGGCUGAAUCCAAAACACAGAUGGCAAUUUAUUUAUUUUUUUGAAAGUUUAGUGAAAAUCUUGAAACUGUGAUAUCCUAUUUGAGGAAACCUACGGUAGUAAUCAGUGCUGUUAAAUUCCCUGUUAUGCCAAGACUAAGGCCAAAACUGUAAAUUGGUACAAUUUAAUCCAUAAAAAACCCAACACAUUUUAUUGCAUGUAACUAAUUAAAAAGACGUCACGGCACUGUUCGUAGCCAGCUAAUACAUAUAACUCUGAGGGCUUCAUAUGAUGAGGUCAUUGUAGUAACUGGCUACAAAACACUGCUUGAUGUAAUUGUAAGAUUAUCCCAUAAUAAUAAUUGCUUGUAAUGCUGUUUACAUCACCACGUAUACACCCAAAUCUCAGAUACUACACCAGCCCCAGUUUUCAUUGAGCUAACAACCCGGUUAUUAGCAGAGGCUGGGCCUCCCUGCUGUGUGUCUGAGUCAGUAGAGUACUCGCAAUUUAUAGAAACCGGAAUAAUAAAGUGGGUGAGAGUUGCAACAAUCACUUGUUGCAGUUCACACUUACGGCAAAUGGUGAAUGUCUCCAAAUUCACAUAGGACUAUUCAUUUAGUACUGGUGUUUUACGUGGAUAAGAAAAGCUAUGGGACAAUUUCAGUUUAUCGAUAGAUGGAGCACAAUGAAUUACCUGUCCCUCAAUAUAUUGUCCUACUUACCUUUCCUCCUGAUAUAAUGUCUUAGUCCUACUUACCUUCCCCCUGAUAUAUCUGAGCUCUGCUUACCUCCCCCCGAUAUAUCUGAGCCCUACUUACCUCCCCCCUGAUAUAAUAUCUGAGCCCUACUUACCUUCACCCCAUUAUAAUAUCAGAGUCCUACUUACCUUCCCCUGUUUUAGUUUGAACUUUAUUUACCUUACCUCAAUUUAACGUCGGAGUCCUACUUACCUUCCCCUGUUUGAGUUUGAACUUUAGUUACAAUACCUCAAUUUAAUGUCUGUUUUUUUUAUUCAUUACAAUUAUCCCAAUAUAUCUGAGCCCUAUUUACCUUCACCCCGUUAUGUCUGAGGCCUACUUACCUUCCCCCGUUAUGAUGUCUGAGACCUACUUACCUUCCCCUGUUAUAGUUUGAGCCUUAUUUAUCUUCCACCCAAUAUAAUGUCUGACCCCUACUUAUGUUCCCCACGACAUAAUGUCUGAGCCCUAGAUACCUAUUAAUGCGUACCCCUGUUGAGGGUUUGAAUGGCGUAGUAUUACUUAACUUUUAGCCCUUGCGGUCUGGCAAUGGCCACUCUGAGUGAGAAGCUCUGCAAUGCUAUUGUGCACGCGCAGAAAGUCACUGCACUGCGCCAAUUAAAUGUAACAUAGGAUUGAGAACAGAGUUUGACUCCUUUCUCAGUGGAAAAAUGCCACUAGAGGUGGGUUUAACCCAGUAAUGGGCUCAUUUCCGUGUCCACAAAACUGCAAUGCUUUACAUUGCAGGGUUAAAAUGAAAGGACCACUCCACCCAGACCACUGCAUUGAGAUGACGUGGUCUUGGGUGCCUUUAGUGGUUCUUUAAACACAUUUUCUUUCACAUUAUGUGAGUGGUUGCCUGGCUUCAUGUUACCUUUAAAAAAUCUUUCCUACCAAUAGCUGGUACAGCAGACACAGGGCCCUGGUUAGGAUAUCUAGAAUCUAUACAAACGUGGAAUUUUAUGUGUGACAAACGAUGGCUUUCCAAUGAUUCAUGGGAAUGCAUGCACUGCCUCCUGGUGUCAUUCGCGUGCGCACAGUCUAACACCCCCUCACCUCUUGCCUGACCCAUGGAACAGGACAUUGGCUGUGCUAAUUAACGUCCCUGAGGCAUUUCUUUAAUGGAAAAUCGUUCAACCUUCUCUGGAACUGAUUAACCAGAUCUAUAAAAACUAAAGAUUGUGGCUCCAAACUUAUGAAAUUGCUUAAUGCAAGCAAGUUUAACCUUCCCAGUUUUCAAUGUCAAUGUGAAGUGUUACAGGAAACAAUCUGUUUUCCAAUAAUAUAAGUAAACUUGUUACAUGGCAGUACCAGCACUGUGUGCCCUGUGUACCCUUAGCCAGAGAGCUCUACUGAAGUCUUCUUGAACGCUAAGCUUGCGACUUGUUUGGAGACAAGGACACAGCUAGUCUUAUACUUACAUAAAGCAGAGGAAGAACCUUUUCAAAUCAACUUACAGUUUAAAGGGACACUAAGCACCAAAACCACCAAUGCUAUCUGGCUAUGGUGUCUUUAGGAGCCACCCCAACAUUUUUGUUAAACUGAUUUCAAGAAAAAAACAAAACAUGGCUCUUUUCCAGUAAUCAAAGCCCAGCCCCCUGCGCCGCUCAAGUAAUGUCCAAAGUCAUCUAAUCUUGAAUAGCUUGCAAAGGCUGCAAGCUCAGAUGUAAGGUGACAGACUGCGCAAACUCACUAUAUUGUAAUUUUUUAAUUCAUUUUUUUAAAGAUUUGUGAUGUUGACAAUCUACAUUUUGUUUUUAUUGCGGUCCAUAUGGAAUUGCCUUGGAUAGAUAACAUGGAAGUUCUUCUUUUUUUUUUUUUUAAGUGUGUCAGACUAGUGAAACAGUUCGUAUGAGUCAUACCCCACAUUUUUUGCUUUUUGGUUAGAGAUUUCUUUCUUGCAUUUUAACCAUUACAAUUAGUUGUGGUACUUGAUGAUGCUUAGUGUGCCCCUAUAAUUGUGUUUUUGCUGAAUAUUGAGCAGACAAGCUAAAUGAUUUGGCAUAGAGUGAGAAAGAGAAAUGAAUGGUGCUAUUUAAAAAAAUAAAAUAAAAAAUUCAGAAAGUAAUAUCACACUUUAGAAGGAUGUUAUGACAAUGACAGAUAUAAACCUGUAAGUUUUCAUGUGUUUGAAGAGCUACAACAGACACGUAUCUUGGUUUUUGUUCCCCAGUAGCUCCAUAGAACAGUAUUUGUUCUCUUAGACAUGCUGAUAGCUUUGAAGGCAAGGAUCACAGAGUAUGUGUCAAUUCCAGGAGGUAAACGUACACUGAAUCACAAGAAGCACUUCGAUAUGCACUAAACAUGCUUUAAUUUCUUAAGCAAUACGCAACGCUGGCAUUUUAACCAAAAAAGGCUUUUUCCCCCUUUUUCUUUGUCAUGACCACAUUGUCAAUAUCUACUUUCCUCAAAGCCCGCUGCUGGUUCUUGAAAUGAGCAAAUGGGCCCCAAACCAUGGUCUUUGCUUUUCUGAACAACUAGAGGCAGCCAGUUGUCACCGCCCUGCGAUAAACAUCUAUUGCACUUCCUUCCAGCGUGUGACAAGUCAUUCAUUUAGAAAGGCUGCUAAUGGCAAAAGAAGGGGGUGGGGGGCAAGAAUGCCAAAGCCAAUUCUCUUAACUACAUGUGAAAGUGAAUUUUAUUGCAACUUAGAGGAAGCCAGCACUAGUUCCAUUCCAGUAGUGAUAUGUGAGGGCAACAGUGUGCUAAAAUUUAGGUAGAAAAUGCAACUUUACGGCUUAUUCACUAAAGAGUAGGUUGUUGUGAAUUAUUAUUUUUAUUAUUAUUUUUUUAUUAUUUAUAUAGCGCCAUCAGAUUUCGUAGCGCUGUACAAUUGACAGCCUUGCUCACAUUUUAUGUCUAUAAGCCAAGUUGUAGAGUUGUCCAAUACACAAUUCUGGGGUAAACAUGUUUGUUUUGACACACAUAAAAACAAAACGAUACAUUUAUCAAUUGUGUAAGAAUUAAGUAUUUUAAAUCCUUUAUUUUCUAAUCCUUUUGACCUUCAGUGAAAUGUCUAGCGGGACAAUUUCAGGGAUUCUCUCCACGCAUUGUCCGAGCAUUUUAAGAUGAAUGCCAUCACAAUGCAUUGUGGGAAUCUGUGGAUUAAGAAAGGUGCAGUGAUACUCCCUGCUGUGCAGAUUUUCAGAGGUUAUGUCGGUAAACUGGCAGUUUUUCAUUUAAGGGAUAAAUUGUUACUCCUGGGUAUCAAAGUGAGAAUCCUAAAUAACUUCUAUUUUAGCACAUGCGUCAAGUUUUUAACAUGACUCUGAAUGCAGUAGACUAGAGUUUUGGCUCAGUAAAUUGGGCUACAGUUGUUUACUAUCGUGAGCAAUAUGUGAUUCUGUCUGGGCGGUUUUGCUGUGCUCUGUAUAACUCCCAAUGUGCAUCUUAGGAGAACACUGGAAAAAGUAUACAGUAAUUACUAUUCAUUUAAUGAUAAAAACAAAACGAGCAAACGAGUACAGAGUGAUUCUGAAUCAGAGACUAAAAGUGAAACAAACGACAUAAACAUUCCAUUGUCUCCGUGGUGAUAGCUCUACUCUGACUUUACCCUAGAAUUGCUAUUCACAUAGAACAUAGAAUAUGUGGGGUUUAAAGAGCAUGAUGGUUAUGUUUGGCUUUUUUUUCUGUUGUUAAAUGAGGCUUGUAUGAUUCCUUUUGGGUGGAAAAGCUAGUGUUAAUAUUUGUUAAUUAGUCUGAAAAGAAAAAAAGAAUUCCUUUAUUUAUUAUAAGUUCCAUUUGCUACCCACUAAUGUGCUGUCUAUAAACUGACAUAAAAGGCAGACCCAUGGCUUUCUCAUUAGCAGAGUCCACAUCUGGGCCCUUCCUUCUUAUCUCAACAGUUUAAAGCUGUGGGGAAUGUUUGAAGUGGGACAACAAUGUACUUUGUAUUUUUUUUUCCUGGGGACAAUUGAGGUUUAAUGCUAUACACACAGCUGCAAAAAAAGAGGGGGGGUGGGGGUGGGGAGGAGAGUGUUAGAAGUGCCAGAAAACAAACUCUUCUUGGUAGACUGACCAUGAAUUAAAUCCACUUCUAUUUCUAAACUCAGUGGGCUUUUAAAAUCAAUAAGCUGUUGGGUUCAGGCAUGGACAGAGGUUAAGCCUUGGGACCCUUUGGUGAUCAAGAAAAAUGUCCAAAAGUUGAUAAUGCUUUCUAUUCCCCUCUUGUGCUAAAACCGCCUCCUGCAAAGUCAGAUUUGACUCGGCAAGUCCUCAGGGCUGUGUUUUCUCUACCUCUAUGCCUGGAGUUUGAACUGAUCACUUAAAAGAAAUGCUAUUGUGGAAAAAAAAAAAAAAAAAAAGGUUUUGUUUCACAUACAGCCUACUUUGUGCUUUUUCGUUUUCUAUUUUUUGUGUACCUAUAGUGGAAUCAUUUCAGGAAAUAUUCAGUUUACAGAUUUAGUCAUUAAAAUGUAUUUCUCUGCCUCUGGUUAAAAAAUUUUAAAGGGAGGGAACAGAUAUAUGGCCACCAAAAUGUGCACAAUUCACCUGCAGUGGCUCUUGUUUUUUAUUUUUUUUUAUUUUUAAUUAGAUGCUUAAAGUAGCACUAGUGUACCUAUGCAAAGGAUUAUGGGAAACAUACAGCUGUAUGCCUCUUGGAAGGAACUGCAUCACCUCCUCUGUGUUGGCAAUAUGUGGGCAUUUUUUUUAAAGCAUGAAAUCUGCAUCUGGCAUUAGUGAAAAAUGUAAAAAUGCAGAUAUUUUGACAGUCUGUUAUGCUCUGUCAUUGGUUAGGGUGCCAGAAAGUUACAGUAUAUGUGAUCAAAACAGAGUUUUGAUUAUACCCCAAACACGAUUCAUUUUAUUGUGAUUAUGAGUUUGUAUGUUGCAGUUUUAUUUGAUUUGAUAAUAGUUUACUUUCCCAGUACACUUGUAAACCAAAUCAGAUCUCAUCUGAGUGUUUUUCUGCGAUAUGUAAGCAGUGUAUCAUCUCUUUGAUGGCACAAUCAUACCUUAACCCCUUAAGGACACAUGACAUGUGUGAAAUGCCAUGAUUCCCUUUUAUUCCAGAAGUUUGGUCCUUAAGGAGUUAAAACCCAUCUGUUUAGGAAAGCUAAUGGCCUCCCAGAGUAACAUCUACCUCACAUACCUGUCUCUUGCUCUCUCCUAAAGGGCAGCACUUUACUCUCUCCUCCAGCUCUGCUUCACUCCCACCUUAUCUAGUUGCUGUUUCCUGUCCUAAUGUGUUUUACACCCCACCUCCUAUAGACUGUAAACUGUUCAACCUAUCGUUCCUGUAAGUUUUCUUGCAAUUGUCCUAUUUAUAGUUACAUCCCUCCCCUCGUAAUAUUGUAAAGCGCUACGGAAUCUGUUGGCGCUAUAUAAAUGGCAAUAAUAAUAAUAACAGGGAUGAUUUUUUAUGAAUUAUUCGGAGAUAUAGUGCUAAAAGCGAAAUGCAAUUUUCUUGCUGACUGCUCCAUUUCUAACACUGUGUAUUGGGGAUCAGCAACUGUGUAAAACCUCUGCAUAAUGUAAGUCAUAAAGUAAGGCCGAAUUCAAUUUUAGCGGAACAAAAUAACUUAAGACAACCAAACACGAGUCUGAUAUCUUAUUACUACCUAUAAUGUGCAGUGAUCUCAUUCACUGGCAAUAUUUACAUUCUUUUUUUUAUCAAAUGUAAAUUGAUUAUCAUUGAUUAGGUUUGAUAUUAAUUCACAUAGUGAAAAUAAUCAUGUAGACUCCCUUAAAUAAACAAAAACUCCAGGGAAUUACUUGCAUUGUUCGAGAUUGCAAGACCUGUAAAACAUCUUUCAGAAGCUCGUGCCUUUGAACCCUCUACAAGCCAGCAGAAAUCAAUGUGGUUAGCUACGGGGCCCUUUUCGACUGGAGUAAAAAUGACUCGAGGUUACAAAGUGCUCACUUACUCUGCCAUGAAAUGUUUGGGAAAUCAAACUGCUGAAGUGGUGUUUACCCUGUCUGUAAUAGCCUAUGUCUGAAACAUUUGGAUAAACUGUGUAUUUUAUUAGUGCUUUGGCAGCUCGCGUUGUGUAACGUUGCGUAGUUGUGUUUAUUUGUUGCUUUGUAUGAAGUGGACCUUUGGAAAGAAGCCAGUUAAUGACAGAGAUAUCGGAUUGUGCUCUUGGCCUAUAUUUAUCGAGGCCUUUUAUUUGCAAUUCCUAAAAGCCAUUAGAUAUGUCAAUAUUUGCCUGAAGUCUUUUUAUCACUUCAUCAGACUUCAGGACUUCAAUACCUUGCCGUUUUUAUUUUGCACUUAAUUGUCAAAUGCAUUGAUUAACUCUUUAUAUUUAACUGUGCAAGGUAACCUACUCUAUUUACGUAUUUGCUUUUUCAAGGUAGAACUGUGUGAUUAAAAACUGUGUAAUAUAAGGAGGAUAUAAAACUACAAUUGAUUAUAAGGGGUUAGCACUAUACCUGCAAACUGUGGGGAGACAAGGAAAUUGCUAAUUUUGAGACAAAGUAGUUGAUCAAUACCAAUGCAUGCAUUAGAGAAUAUUUCUAGUUUGGCUAUAUUGUCCUGAAAUGUGUGAAAUUAGCAAACGUCAGGAUUUGUAUAGUGCCUCAAUGCCACUGUGGUGAUUUUGCCAUUUAGAUUUUUUUUCCAUCUGGGCAAGAUAAGUGGUAUUACAAAUUACACUAGUCAAACCUUCUCAAAUUCAUGUUCCUUCAUCCUCUAUUUGUAUCUAUAUUCCUAACCAAGAGGCAUUCAAACUUGGCCAUCUACUUAAAGUUGGACUAAUCAUUAGUCAGUAACUAACAGAAUUCUAGAAAAUGUAGUCCAGUAAUAGCUGAAAGGCCAUAAUUCGUUAUCCCAAUCAGGGGUUUUCUGUAGGUACUUAACGAUGGAUACAUUUAGGGUCCAAGUCAUGUGAAAACUCUGAUACAAAAAAAAUAUAUAUACAUUAAGGAAUUCCCAGAUAGUGUGAGUGAGGGGAUGAUAGAAAACAUGCCUCUGGCAAGACAUGAGUGGUUUUAGUUGGAGAGGACCUAUCUAAGCUACUAUGUGAACAUCUCAUGUUCCACAAGAAGUGUAGCUUGCCCUGCUAGAACACCUACGAUACUUGUAACAUUAUAUAAUAUGUAUCACAUGUGGACUGCGUAAACAAUUAAGAUGUUGACAGGGACUACAAAUCUCUUCCACCAGAAAGGAAGAUGUCCCAUUCAAUGAGACUUUUGGCCAACAACUUUGGUUGGUCUACAGUUGCCUCUGCUGUGCGCUCUUAAAAAACAUCAGGAUCAGAGGGCAAAUAUCUCAUAGCAGCUGGAACAAGAAUUAUAUUUUGUGAGGGAUGAUGUAAUUACAUCUCUGGGGCCAAGGCCUUCAGAUACAGGGCUGCUGGACUGAUUCAGGUUACCUAAGGAUACUGCUAGGAUCUGUUAAAGAAAUUCCCUGCAGGUUUUGGCAGCUGACCGCACAAAGCCAGCAUUAUCCGGCUAGUAACUGAAUUACGAUCCCCUGAGCUUUAGAAGGACGCAAUAAAAUGCUGCCCUUUGAGUCUUAUGAAUAAAGGAUUGUUGGGUUCAAGUUGCAGAGGAGAUUUCGGCCUUUUCCCCAGAAAAAUUAGCAUGCUGCCGUACAUACAUAAACCUUUCGUUUCCAAGUGUCUGAGGAAUCUUCAGUUCUGGCCCUGGAAAGCAUCAGCCAUUUCCUUCAAGUUUUCUAUGCCAUAUAGGCAAUGGGAGGUUCAGGGUCCAUUAGUGACAGCAGGCUGGAUAGCAGGUGGAAGUCGAACCAGACAGAUGGAACACUGAGCCUCCGGAUUUAAACGUUACAGGAUGAUGCAAAGAAUAUUAUAGUUGCAAAAGCAAAAUACUUUUGAGUUUUAUUCGAGAAACUUGGAAUUGUGGAGAAUUAAGAAUCACAAAUUGUAGGCCAAAUUUGCCUCAUUGUCAACUCAGCCAUUUGGUCCAAAAUGUACAAUUUGUAUGUCAACCCCCACAAAUAGUCAUCUUAUAGAAAGCAUAAAAGGAUACAGUCUUGUCAGAGGACAGGAAAGUGUAGGUAUUUGAAAAUGAAACCAUUUUUUUCUUCACUUGCCUUUUUUGAUCAUUUAUCAUAUUUUAAAAUGUAAAAAAAAAGAAGAAAAGAAUCUUAUUGGUAGCCAAGUCACAAUCAUAGGGCUAUGUUUGUGAUGUCUGAAUAUCUUUCUUCUACCUAAAAAAAUAAAAUAAAUAAAUGCCGAGUUCUGAUCCUGCGUAAUCCAUCUGGGCCAUGCGUUAAACGAUUAUUCUCUCAUCGGGUGAUUGAAAUAGUUUGCACGACUUAGGGACAUAAUCCUGAUUAUUACGGUGUUGAGAAUUAUUUUUUCAUCCCCUGAACAAAAGCACAACUAUUAACACUUUGAAAUAGUUUUCAGCUGGCUUUAUAUUAAAUGUAGUUGUGUUUUAAGAACAUAUAUAUAUAAACUAGAUGUAAACACAUGACACAUUGGAUGUAGAUUGCCCUUUAUUCAGUAAAGGACACAAAUUACAAGGAAUUCAGACUACACGUUGCAUUUUCUUUUCAAAGUAAUUGUUAAAAAAGGUGUCUACUUAAUGUUUUAAAUUACAACCAGAAAAACAUACCCUUGUUUUGCAAGAAUUCUAUUUUGGAAUGCAGUUAAAUAUUUACCAUUUGGCUAAGAUCCCUUCCCACCUAGCUUGUAAAACAGAUACAAAAAGCACUUUAAGACGUGUUUGUUUGAUGUCCUCCUGUCAUUUUGAUGCAUAUUAACGUUGAUGAUUUCUUUUGCAGAUCCAUGCCGCCCUUGUGGAGAUACAGAGGUUCUCUUGGCAGUCUGCAUUAGUGACUUUGGUAAGUCUCACCAUAUUGUAUCCACGCUUAGACUACAUAUCUCCCUAGGAAAACUAAGCAUAUACCGUAUGUAGUGGGACCUUUUAAGGACCACACCAUCUGCUGAUGGUCCUGAUUGACAUAAUUAUUGCCUAGCUGUGGCGGGUUAGUGGUGGAAUUCUUUUAACAGUUUGGCAAUGGAGAGUUGUCCAAACCUGGUUGCCAACAGCCACUGUUAAAUGUAUACUAAGUAUAGUAUAAGAACAUAUACAGCUCAAAGUUAAGGUAGCAAAGUUGGAAUUGUCUGAGCAUUAAAUUGCCCACAGUCUUGAGCCUAUUCAACAAUUUAUAGUUUAGUGAAUACACAUCUUUAUUUACCCAAGAAAAGAAUGUCCGCUUGUUUAGAAGCAGCUUGCAGACAGGUCUGGUGGGGGCGGUAGGUGCUAUCUCACUGUUGCUUUGUUUACACUGUUACCUUGUGAAAGCUGAUCUCAACCCCCCCUGUAAUCCAUUUUCUUUCUUUCUUUUUACCUCCCCCCAGUUGUCAGAGGCACAAUCAGAGCUGUAACCAAUGAAGUAGAACAGCACGAAUCCAUCAUAGAUGUGUCUGUGGAUAAACUCUACAAGCAGAAAAACAAAAUCUUUUUCCCUAACAAAGAGAGCGGGGGUUGGGACGGCCACAUUCGGACACCUCUGGAAUGCGGUGUUAAAGCAGGAUUUGGGGACUUCUUAUUUACAGGCCGGAUGCACUUUGGGGAACCCCGAUUGGGCUGUGCACCUCGGUAUAGAGACUUCCAAAGAAUAUAUCAAGAGGCAAAACAGAAAGGGUUAAACCCAUGCGAAAUUUCCACGGACUGAAGGACACCACUGCCCUGCCAAUAAUUGGGACUUUAUACCAUUUAUAAGGACAGCAAAUUAUUUCAAUGGAAAGCUAGCCUCUACCACGGACUCCCACAAAUGCUGAACCACGGUGUGAACUCUUACACUAAUGACUAGAUGGAGGUACGAACCAAGCCAGCCACUGAACAAGACCCAUUUUUUUAAGUCUUACUACAGAACUCUUAAGUUAUAUUUUUUUUUUUGUUAAAAAAAAAGACUUUUUCAAGUUUUAAAGAAAAGAAAACUGCCUUUGUACUUUUUAAUACUAAUGUUCAUAAAAUUAAAAAAAUACUUUUUUUUUUAUUAAGCAGUGUAACAUUUGACGUGGCACAUUCUGUAUAAAAUGGCGCAUAUGUCAUAGAACACAGACAAAAUAUCGUUAACAUUGGUGCUUUGUAAAAAGCUUGGUGUAAAAAUUUCAAUGUCGUUUCUUAUGAAAGAAAUGAAUGAGAGCAAUUUCUUUGUUUUAUUUUUUUUGUACAAUCAUGGUCUGCCAUUUUGCACAGGCUGUCUGAUUGCUCUUGGUUUUAAAGAAAUAAAGUCCUCAUGGGACUUAGUCUUUGUGUGUGGUUGUUAAUAUCUCUUUGUUGUGGUUGACUGAACAGCACUUGUAAACAUUGUGAUAAACACAAGCAGUAUUUUGUGAGACACAAUGACCAUUUAUGGUCUUUACAAAGGGAACCAUUAGGGUCUUUCCGGGGAAAAUCGGCCGUAAUCUUGUCCUAU